AUGUACGCCUUUUACUCCCUGCUGGUCUACAUUAUAUACACCUUCUUCAGGAGGCAGCCGGACCCCCAGCAAAAAGAUGGUGCCGGGGGGCCCAGCAUCAAGCAGACUCUGGUUUCCAUGGAGACGAGGGAGAAAGGAUCCCUAAAGACGUCGGAGGAGGAUCUGUGGCUGGAACUCGAUGGAAUGGAAAGCAGCUCGGAGAGCGACGAGGUCUGCGGAUCCGAAGACGAGGCGGAAACAUCCGGAGACCUCACCUCCCCGCUCACCGACUUCCUGGCCUUCAAGCAGGAGGCAUCGAGAUCUACCCCUGCAGAUCCGCCGCCCGGCAAGACGGCGUCCCCCCUGCUGGCCGUCAUGUCUCAUCUCAUCGCCUUCCUGGAGCGCUAUUCCCAAAUGCAGCGCCUGCAGGGAAAGGCGCAGGAGUACAGAGCCCAGCUGCGGGGAGAGGAGCGGCGGCGCAGGAAGCAGCUGCGGACGCUGCGCGGGGCCUGCAGGCAGCGCAUGCGCGACAAACUCAGCCUCAUCGAGAGCCUAGAGAGUGUGAUAUGCGAGCAGCAGCUGCUUCUGGAGAAGCUGCAGAGAGGAGCCAUAUUCCCCCUGUACCCCCUCCCCCCUCUCUCCCAAGUUGGGGUGCACAAGCUGGUGGAGUCUAUCGGGGUCCUGCAGGACGAGAGGGCGCAGCUGAAGGAGGAGAUCAGUGGACUGAAACACGACAUGGAGGAGAAGGAGAGGGAGAAGCAGGACCUGUCCGUCUCGCUCCAGCAGCAGGUGGGAGAGCUGAAGGACGUUAUCCGCCAUCGGGAGAUGGAGCUGUCACAACUGAGGAUGGAGACGGGCGUCACCGACUCCGAGAAGCGGCUCCAGAAUCUCUCUGUGGAAAACCAGAGUCUGAAGCAGAGCCUGAGUGUGACUCAGGGGCUCCUGGAGAAGAUGGCGGCGGUGUCCACUCAGCCCUCCGCGCAGCUGGUCAAGGAGAACGAGGACCUGCGCAACAAGGUCCAUCAUCUGGAGACGUCUCUGCAGCAGAAGGUGGAGCGGCUGGAGACGGCCCAGGGCCAGGCGGAGACGCUGCGGUGGAGCAAGGAGGGCGAGAUCCGUCGGCUGGAGGAGAAGAUCCGCCGGCUGCAGCUGUUACUGGAGACCGAGAGGAAGAGAGCGCCGGACAUACAGUACGUAACUAAGACGGUGGAAGUGGAGUCCCCGGCGGUCCUGCGAUCUCUGGCCGAGGCCGAGGAAAGGAACCGGCUCCUCCAGGAGCAAGCGUCCGCUCAGGGAGAGAAAUGCCGGAAGCUGGAAGAGAAGCUCGAGUUCUCCGAGGACCUGACCUCGAGCCUACGGGUGAAGAUCACGGCCUAUGAAUCGGAGAUCGGGAGUCUCCGGGGAGAGCUCAUGCAGGAGAUCCACCAGCUGGAGGCGCGGAAGGAGGAGGCCAUUAAGGAGGCGUCUGAGUGUUCGGAGCAGCAUCUGGAGCAGCUGAGGGAGCAGUUGACAGGAGUGCAGAGCCGCCUUUCCUUAUUGCAGCCUUUUCUGAAGGGCAUGAAAACCAACUACAACAGUCUGAGGAGCCAGGUGAAGGACUUCUCCCAGUUCUACGAGGCAGCCAUCCGAGAAGCCAGGAAACAGAUCUGCAGCGCGGUGACCGACGUGUCGGCGGCUAACAGAGACCUGCUAGAAAAAUACCAGCGAGAGGUGCAACUGCGCAAGAGAUACCACAACCAGCUGGUGGAGCUAAAGGGGAACAUCCGGGUUCUGUGCAGAGUCAGACCGCAGACGGCGUGCGGGGAGGAAGAAGGAUCCCCCGUAACCAUGGACGCGAACGAUGAUACCAAGAUGUCGGUGCUCUACAAGGGUACGGAGAGGACCUUCGAGCUGGACAAAGUGUUCUUACCCCGGGCCACGCAGGAAGAGGUUUUCCUGGAGAUCGAACCGGUCGUCAUGUCCUGCAUUAACGGAUACAACGUCUGUAUAUUCGCCUACGGGCAGACGGGCUCCGGGAAGACGUUCACCAUGCAGGGAACGUCUGAGGACCCCGGGAUAAACCAGCGAGCUUUGCAGGCUCUCUACAAGGAGAUGGAGGCCCGGCGAGGCCUGUGGGACUACAGCGUGAGCUUGAGCAUGGUGGAGAUUUAUAAUGAGGUCAUCAGAGACCUGCUGUCCAAAGACCCGCAAGAGAAGCUGGACAUCAAACUGAAUCCAGAUGGGAGCGGCCAUCUCCACGUUCCUGGACUCACAAGCACCGAGGUCAGCAGCUUCCGACACAUCAAGAAGCUGCUUGCGCUGGGUAAGAGGAACAGAGCCACAUUCAGCACAAACAUGAACGAGAGAAGCUCCAGAUCUCACGCUCUACUCACAAUAACCAUCACCGGCAGGGAUCUCACCGCUGGAACCGUCACCACAGGGAAGCUGAACUUGGUGGACCUGGCAGGGUCGGAGCGCGUGUGUAAGUCUGGGGCAGAGGGGGAGAGGCUGAAGGAGGCACAGAAUAUUAACAAGUCCCUAUUGGCCCUGGGGGAGGUGAUCCAGGCCCUGAGGGCCAAACAAGGCCACGUGCCCUUCAGGAACUCCAAACUCACCUACCUGCUGCAGGACUCGCUGGGCAAAGGCAACAAGACAAUCAUGAUGGUGCAGGUCUCUCCGUUGGAGUGUAACGUCGCAGAGACGGUUUGCUCGCUGAAGUUUGCUCAGAGGGUUUGUAAAGUGGAACUCGGGCCGGCGUCCCGACGAGCGGACAGUGCCUGAGCGUCCCACCGAGCAGACAGUGCCCGAGCAUGCCCGCAUCCCGCUGAGCGGACAGUGCCCGA